AUGGCCGUGCGUCCUGGGCCGCUCUGGCUGCUGGGCCUGGCUCUGUGCGCUCUGGGUGGCGGCCACGGCCCACGUCCCCCACACACCUGUCCCCAGCGUCGCCUGGGAGCGCGCGAGCGCCGGGACAUGCAGCGAGAGAUCCUGGCGGUGCUCGGGUUGCCUGGGCGGCCCCGACCCCGUGUGCCACCUGCUGCCUCCCGGCAGCCAGCGUCCGCGCCCCUCUUCAUGCUGGACCUGUACCACGCCAUGGCCGAUGACGACGACGGCGGGCCCCCUCAGCCUCACUUGGGCCGCGCUGACCUGGUCAUGAGCUUCGUCAAUAUGGUGGAGCGAGACCGUACCCUGGACUACCAGGAGCCACACUGGAAGGAAUUCCUCUUUGACCUAACCCAGAUCCCUGCUGGGGAGGUUGUCACAGCUGCUGAGUUCCGGAUCUAUAAAGAACCCAGCACCCACCCACUCAACACAACUCUCCAUGUCAGCAUGUUCGAGGUGGUCCAGGAACACUCCAACAGGGAGUCUGACUUGUUCUUUUUGGAUCUUCAGACGCUUCGAUCUGGGGACGAAGGCUGGCUGGUGCUGGACAUCACAGCAGCCAGUGACCGAUGGUUGCUGAACCAUAACAAGGACCUGGGACUCCGCCUCUAUGUGGAAACCGAGGAUGGGCACAGCAUGGAUCCUGGCCUGGCCGGUCUGCUGGGACAACAAGCACCACAAUCCAGACAGCCUUUCCUGGUCACCUUCUUCAGGGCCAGCCCGAGUCCUGUGCGGGCCCCGCGGGCAGCGAGGCCACUGAAGAGGAGGCAGCCAAAGAAAACGAAUGAGCUUCCACAUCCCAACAAACUCCCGGGGAUCUUUGGUGAGGAUGGUCAUGGCGCCCGAGGCAGAGAUGUUUGCCGUAGGCACGAGCUCUACGUCAGCUUCCGGGACCUCGGCUGGCUGGACUGGGUCAUCGCCCCCCAAGGCUACUCAGCCUAUUACUGUGAGGGGGAGUGUGCCUUCCCACUGGACUCGUGUAUGAAUGCCACGAACCAUGCCAUCUUACAGUCCUUGGUGCACCUGAUGAAGCCAGAUGUCGUCCCCAAGGCAUGCUGCGCGCCCACCAAACUGAGUGCCACCUCUGUGCUCUACUAUGACAGCAGCAACAAUGUCAUCCUACGCAAGCACCGCAACAUGGUGGUCAAGGCCUGUGGCUGCCACUGAGGCCCUGCUCAACAGCCUGCUUCUGCUCCCUUACCCGGCUGGUGUGGUCAGGCCCCUUUCCAGAGGCAGGAAACCCUCAUAUGCUAUCAUAGCUCAGACAGGGGCAGCAGGAGGCCCUUACUUCCCCUGGCCACUUCCUGCUAAAAUUUUGGUCCUUUCCCAGCUCCUCUAUCCCCUUCUUGGGGUUUGUGGCCUAUGGCCCUCCCUCUCCCAGUCCCCCUACCCCAAGCAUAGACUGAAUGCACACGGCAUCCCAGAGCUGUGCUGACUGAGGGUCUGGGGUCAGCACUGAAGGCCUACAUGAGAGGAAGACUGUUCUUUGGCCAUCCCCAGCCCAGAAUGGCCGAUUCUGGAUGGUCUGAGGUGGCCCUGGAGUCUGAAACUGGCUGAUCUGGGCUCUGCACCAUUCACUGUGGCAGUGGGGGCAUGUCUAGGUAUAACAGACACACACUUAGAUCAGUGCUAGCUCUACUUCUCUGGUGCAGAAUUAGCUUGUUAGAAAAAGAAUAGGCGGAGGCAGGUGUGGUGAUGCAUGCCAUUGAUCCCAGCUCUAGAGAGACAGGGAGGAUCUCUGUGAGUUCAAGGCCACACAGGGAGACCCUGUCUGAAAAAGAAAAGAAAAAGAACCAUCUGGUUGGGCUUCAUGGCUUUCAGUAAAAGUAAGAGGGACAUUUCAUGACAUGUGUCCUGGGCCUGCCCUUCUGCCUAGAAGCAAAGGACCCUGGAAACUUGCAGUUCCCUCUCCUACCGCUACCAUGCUGACCAGUUUGGGGAUGGGCACUGUGACAAAGUAAACUCUGAACAGAAGCAAGAACACA